AUGUGCGUGUCUCGGAGACUGUUGUUUAAAACUUCGCUUCUCCUUGUCGAUGUACUUAUUUACUUGCCAAAUCUGACCAGCUGCCGACCGGGUGGAUGUCCAGGGGCAUGCUCGUGCGAGGAGAGUGACCUUGAUCAGGUGAGCCUAGUGUGUACCAAGGCAGAUAUUCUGGACACUGUACCGGAGAUGCCCGUUGAGUACGCCAAAAUGGUCGUUAAAAUGAUCAUACAAAAUCAGCCCAGACUAACCUCGAUGGGUCAACGUUCACUACAGAACUACAGCAGCCUGAAACAUCUGAGGAACAAGGACACUUCGAAGUUUGAUCAAACCAGCAUCUCCAAUUAUUUCACAGUUAGCCGAUCUCUUGAUAGAGGGAGGUCUCUGCGGCAAAACUGUAUACAGAACUUUCCCUUGCGGACUGUACAACACCUGGAUGUGAGGGAAUUGUAUCUUCAAGGGAAUCCACUGAGAUGCAACUGUUCCAAUGCCUGGAUGCGCAACUCUUCACGAAUUAUUGACGCUGAAGAAGUCACAUGUGUCCACACAACUACUGAAGCAGACAGCGUAUGCCACCUCAACAAGCAUGCAGUCAAAAUAGAAGAUAAAUUUGCUGAAGUCACUAACAGCACACCUUCCCUAGGACAGAAGUUAAUGACCUGUGUGCAGAUUGAUAGUGACGUCAUCGAAGUGCUAGAAGGGAGUGAUCUCAAUGUUACAUGCAAGACAUGUAACAACCAGACAGGUGUAGUUAUGUGGCAGGUUACAAAUCUGCACUCAAAUUGGACACAAAUGUUAACUGCAAGUGGACAUGUUCUACGGCUACACAACGUCAGCUCUACCGAUCAUUUCAAACUGGUUACCUGUACUGGAAACAAUACUGACAGAUCUAGUACCAUUACAACAAGAAUUCUUAUUCCAUCUUCGCCGAUGAUUACUAGCUUGGAUUUUAGUUUUAAAAGCCCAGUGCUAACUAUCAGUUACAGAAUAACUGGCUGGCCUCCUCCUGAACUAGAAUGGAUCAAGCAAACACAGUCUCUACCUAAAAGUGCAUUCAUUCUGGACACAGAAAUGAUUCUGAACAAUUUUGGUGUCUUUACGGGUUCUCGAGUCAUUAGUCCUAUAGGACUAAACUCAGAUGGUGUGUACACAUUGACUGCAACAAACAGAGAGGGUACAACAAACAGAACAGUUAAUGUUACAGGUGUGUACUUUGUUCUAGUCUAU